AUGGAAAUCGACGACAUUCUCGCCUCCGUUGACCACUCUGAUGUCUCCAGCCCAGAGUCCACGGCACUCGAUCACCAACUCCUCACGCGCUUCUGGGUCGCGGAGCGCACCGCCCCCGAGCUCUUACCCUGGCCAGCGCGCCUCAUGGACCGAAUGAUGGAACGCGUACGGCAUCAGAUCGAAACAAUCGAAGACCUCGCCGCCGCCUCCUCAGACCCAGCCGCCUCCGCAAGCAACGCAACCGCAACAGCAACACUCACCCUCUCAAUCCUCCAAACCGAUCUCUCGCGCACCCAAUACCUCCUGCGCUCCCUCCUCCGCCAACGGCUCUCAAAACUCACAAAACACAGCAUGUACUACCUCCUCCUUUCGUCCUCCUCACCAGCACCAAUCCCACCCCCCGCCUCAGGCUCCACGGAAGCAAAGCUCCAACAACCUGAGGACUCAGUCCCCGUGCCAGACCCUGAAUCCCUCCCUUCAAAGUCGCCGCUGUCGCCAUCUGAAGCAAACUUCAUAUACACGCACCAGACGCUCCUGGCGCGGCACUUCGGGUCGAGUUUUCUUUCGUCGUUUCCGCCGCAGUUGAGACGGUUGGAUGAUAAUGCCGGUGGGACGAGUAUGGUUCAGGGACCGGAUACUCGGGAGGCAUUGUUUGUGAGAUGUCUUGCCGAGGAGGUGCUUGUUGUUGCUCCGCCUGGGGAUGGGGUUGACGAGGAGGUUAGCGCGGCGACGAUGAAGAUGGGCGAUGUCUGGGUUGUUAGGUGGGAGGGGAUUAGGAAGGCGUGGGAGAGGGGAGAUGUGGAGGUUUUAUGA